AUGAGGCUACUCAAUGCUAAAACCUUCCAAUUGGAACAAUUCUACGAUAAUGACAUUCCCCCUUAUGCGAUCCUCUCGCACACAUGGAUUGAGAAUGAAGUCACCUUUCAAGAGUUCCCAACUCUCUCCCGGGACGACCCCAGGCUCGAAAAGACAGUAGGCUGUUGCAGGCAAGCCCUCCAGGACGAUCUUACAUAUGUGUGGGUCGACACAUUUUGCAUCGACAAGGCCAGCAGCGCUGAGCUAUCCGAAGCCAUCAACUCCAUGUACAAGUGGUAUGGUGACUCCGCCAUCUGUUACGCCUACCUCAGCGACGUCCAUCCGUUUAAGCGGGGAUGGACUCUGCAGGAACUCUUGGCACCUGGAUGCAUCAAGUUCUUUGACUCUUCGUGGAUAAGCAUUGGGCAGAAGCCAGGUCCCGAUGAUGACUUGUCUCAAAAGCUCUCAAACAUUACCAACAUAUCUGUCGCUGCCCUCCGGCAUGAGGUGGAUAUGGAUAGCAUCAGCGUGUCUGAGAAGAUGUCCUGGGCCGCUGAGCGUGAGACUACGCGCUCCGAGGACAUGGCAUACUCCUUGCUCGGUAUCUUUAGUAUCAACAUGCCUCUUCUGUAUGGCGAAGGGGGCAAGCGUGCGUUUAUUCGGCUACAGGAGGAAAUUAUCAGUCGGACUUAUGACCACACCAUCUUCUCUUGGGGCUUCGCCAGGGGACCGACCCAUGGGGGGGUUUUUGCUACCUCUCCCUUGGACUUUUCUGGGGGCGGCGAGAUCGUGCCUGUAAAGGCUGGGCGCAAGUCUCAUUACACGGUGACAAAUCUUGGGGUUCAGAUCCAGAUUCCUGUCUUGACGUCAUGUCUAUACCGCUAUACCCGGCAGGUGACGCUGGCGAGGAUGACGAUAUCCUUGUGUGAGACCCCUGCAGCAUGCCCGUCUUUAUGCUCCCUACCGCGCUUGUUGGAGCGACAACGAGACAGUUAUAUCUUUCCAGAAACCCCUCGACCGAAAUGGAGAGAAACCGGCGCCAAUAUACCCUAUUCGUGGCGAAAGAAUUGA